AUGGCUCCGAAACGAGAGCGCACUCUCGAAGGAGAAAGGCCACCACGGCCACAUACAACAAGAGAGCCUCGCAUGGCUGAGGACUCGAUCGUGACGGGCAAAUCCGCCACGAUCGACAGGAUCCUUGGAAGUCAUAUCCAGGAAGCUCUUGGGAAGCGCCUCGAGAGGAGUGAUCUCAUGCUAGAGAAGCCUUCUCCACUUCCAGCACACACAUCCAAGAAGCGACGCCUGGCCAAGGAUAAGAUCGAGACCGUGAACACGGAGUUCUACGGCGAGGAACUUGAAGGACGGGCCCAGGCAUUGCUCGCCAAACGCAUCCAGAAACUGGCGCAAGAGCUGCAGGACAUCAUACUGGACCAAUUGCUCGCGGCAACACUGCCGUCGGACUCCGCGCGCGUCACUAUCCUAGACAGAUGGUGCUCUCCCAGGAAACACUUUCCCGAGAAACGGAAGACUUUCAACAUCCCGGUUGCGCUCUGGAUCAAUCAGAAGACUCGUGCCAAAUACGCCAAGCAAUUCUACAGCCGCGAUCAGCUGCUGUGCAUUGAGACCAUCGGCACCAUAUUCCAUCCCAGCUGUAUUAAUAUGGCGAUAGAUUCGUGGUUCGAGCUCAUAGACUCUGAGCAUCGCCACCACCUCGGCAAGAUCCUCCUCAAGUUCGUGGCCCAGGGCUAUGCUGUCAUGCCCAGGGAAGUUCGUCACUGUUUCGAUGUCAGCGACGUGUCUGAUGUCAGCGACGUUGGAUUCUCCAUGGAAAAGGAGUACCAGUCCCAUCAUGUGUCACCUAGCAUGUCUACUCUUGGGGUGCUCUCAAAGCCUUGGGGCUCUCUUUCCCACCGGAAAAAGCAGGAAUAUGUUUCUGGGAUCGGUUUGCGGACUUGCAUCGCGAAGGCGGAGCACUAUUCGUUAUUCGGUCACUUGCCCACCAAUCCAGCUCGCAUUGCAGAACUUGUCUUCCGGCCUGAAGCACUUCUUCAGCUCGACUUAAUCUCGACAACACCAUCACCACCUUUGGAAACCGUCCCCAAAAUCACCAUCACCAAUAUGGCUCCGAAACAAGAACAUACCGGCGCCGAGCUCAGCUCACCACAUCAACAAGCAUCCACGAAACGGCUGAAGCUCACAUCAGAGGACGCACUUACGCCCAGACCCGAGAAGAGGGCUCGCAGACUGCGUGCUCGGUCGGAUCUAGCACAAAACAUACAGAAACUUCCACAAGAGCUGCAAGACGAUAUCCUGGAUCUCGUCCUCGCUGCAUCACUUCCAUCGAAGCCCGCCCAGAUCACCAUCGGCAGAGAGCACAACACUUUCAGCACCCCGCUUGCACUUAGGAUCAACCGUAAGACUCGGGCGAAGUUCGCUGAGCUGUUCUAUCGCCAAGGACAGCUGCUGCUCAUCGACACUCGCGGUCUUCCCACAGAGGUCCUUGCUAAGGCGAUCGAUGAUUGGUUUGAGAUUGUGGACCCGAGACAUCACGAAUACAUCGUCUCGGUAAACUUUCAGUGUCAAGACAGAAGCAUUCGUCAAUACGAUUCUGACGAUUCCGAUGACUCCGGCGGUGGAUAUGACGAUCGAUAUGAGAUGCAGGGUUACAACAUGGACGGCGUUUCGAUGUCUAUGGGAGAAGAGUACCGCGGUUCCAGUCGGGUAGUUGGAGAUGGAAGACUCUGGAUCGAGCUCUCACCGCACGAAAGAAGGCAGUGGAUCUGUGGCCAGGGGUUGAAGGCUUGCCUCUUUGGCCUUGCCAUGUAUUCGGUCCGCAGUUGUCACAGAUUCAAGUACUCGGAUCCUACCAUUGCCACCAACAUGGCACCGCUCCAGGCACCGCUCCAGCCGCGCAAAACCUCCCCAGCUACCGCGCAGAUACUCGAUCCCGCAAUGAACGAAUACCAUCGCCUCACGGAGCACAUGCAGGCGCUUCCACAAGAGCUCCAAGACUCGGUCCUCAAAGAAGUCCUGCACGCAUCGAUGGAGGCCCCUGAUUCGGUCAACGGCAGCGUCAUCGCCAUCAAUGCCAACUACAAACCGCCCCUUGCUCUUCAGGUCAAUCGAAAGCAGCGGGACAUUUCGGCCACGGAAUACUACAAUAACACAGUAUUUCUCGUCGAAUAUCCUGGUCUACGGAGGUGCGCGAAGUGGCUGUCCACCCUCACCUCAGCACACUUGCAAUCAAUCAAGACCAUUGAAUUCCCGGAUCUUCGCUACUACAGCAUCAUCGAGAGCGGCGUAGACAAUGCUCCAUUCGACACAUACCGCGAUUCAGCUUUCCAUGAGGCAAGACUGAUCGUCAGACUCAUCGAGAAAUACAGUGGGGCCUACAUCGGCCCCGGUAGCAAGGCUGUUGUACUUCGACCAAACGCUCUCAAGGUCGAGCUACGAUUCCGGCAGUCGGAUGGGAGUCUACGGCAUCGAUGGUAUCGCGAGGGGCGCCUUGAGAAUGAGCAGUGGGAAAGCGAAGCCUACGGCCGGACAUCCACGACAUCACCGUGCAAGGAGUGA